AUGAUCGACCUUUCAGCAUCGUGGACAGGAAUCAACCCAGUCUACAAGCAACUAACUGACGCUCCUGCCGGCGGAGUUGCGCCCAAGCUUAGUGCUCUGAGCGGUCAGAACUGGGUCAACCUAUACAGUAAUACCUCCUAUAUCCUCGACACCAAGACCGGUAAUUGGAGUCAAAGAAUCACGAUCGCCAGCGUCAAUGAAAACGUUAUAGGCUCGACAGCGGCGGAUCCAGUAACCAACAAUUUCUAUGUACCUAAUGGAUACAGUGGCGCCGGUGGAGUGUCCAUGCUACAGAUGAACUUCCUCACUAACACCGCUGGCAGCAUUCCAAUGGAUCCGCAAUUAACUCAGCUGCAGACAUAUUCCGCUACAUGGAGCGCCGCUAUUCCGGCAUUAAUUCUGGUGGGAAAGGGCACAUGGGCUUGGAACAUUGACUUCGGUUGGAAGCAAGUGGGCCAAGGAAAGAUACCCACCGGACGGUCAUACUCAUGCCUCGUCCCGGCCUACAGUGGAAAGAGGAUGAUCUUGUUCGGUGGAUACGACAGCACGAUCACCAGCAUGAGCGACAUCUAUUUCCUAGAUAUGGAUUUUAUGUCUGGAACGCUGACCUGGACCAAAGGACCGGACGCCGGUGUGCCAAAUGCAAGAGCAGGGCAUGCGUGUGCAGUUUCGAACGACUACGUUAUCAUAUGGGGCGGGAGCCGGGUUAUCAACGGGGCUUUGCUAACUACCAGCAACACGACUCUAAUCUUCAACAUGAAAACCGGGAAUUGGGUAUCCGAAUACAUCGUUCCAGGGGUACCAAUCAGAACCAUGACAACAACCACAACAACCUCGACAGCAACUUCGACAGCUACUUCAACCACAUCAUCUAUCUCUGAGAUCUUCACCGCCGCGACAAGCCCCACCCCUACACCUGACGCCACAGCUUCAUCGAGUCCUAGUCGUCUCCCUUUGAUCCUGGGAACCGUUUCUGGGCUAUGUCUCUUGGUCGGCAGCGUGCAAGGUUUCGUUCUUUACCGAUCUUGGAGGAGACGUAAGAAUAAGAAGAUCGCCCCUCAAAGCAAGGGACCAGACGCCAUUCCACUCCCAGGACAACCACCUUCCGAUUCAGCAUCGUCAUACAACUUUCGCCACUCCCCACAACCAACUAAUUCCAGUAGUCACGCACCCAGUACAUAUACAUCUAGAACCUAUACUACAUCAAACCGAAAUUACCCACUACCACCCCCUACUAUCGCCGAUUAUGAAUCCAGCUACGGGUACACGCCACCGUCAUCUAGCCGUGGUUACGAACCUAGCUACCCGCUACCACCCCCAUCCACCAGCGGACGAUCAUCCAAAUUCGGCUACAUGCCACCGCCGCCACCUUCCACCGUCGGCUCCUACCGGACAAAAUGCAGCUCCGUGAAGCGGAAGCCGCGUGCCCCGGCUACGAUCAUCGGGGAGAGCGAAUUCGACUAUCCUAGUCAUCUCGGCCCAACAUCAGAUUCUGGGCAGAAACGGUACCCGUCGAUUAUCACGGAUAGUUCUCGACGGACACCGCAUGCGAUGCAGCAGUGGCGGGUAGAUACGCCGACCCGGAUAAAGAAAGCAGCUCAACGCGAGGAGGACUACAGUCCUAUGCACCGCUCGUUCGAUUUUACGGAAGAGGAUAUUCCCAAGGCAAAACGCAAUGUUCAGGAAGGCCGCUUCGGCGCAAGGAGAGUUUCGCAGCAUCCACAUACGGCCAUGCAGGGUCCGAUAGAAGGGUAUGCUGAUAGCGCUGCGGGAGAGGAGUAUUACUGCCCAGGACCGGUCUCUAGGCAUCCGCACGUGGGUGUACAUGUCCUGAAUGGGGUGGUGGAAGGGGAGGAGGAGAAGGACGAGGAUGAAGAGGAAGACGAUUUCCUAAACGCUUAUUAUGACCCACACACCAUGCCGCAUCUUUCAUCAAAAUCCAAAAACACCAAGGCUGGCACGCCCAACUAUUAUAAUAGGCGUAGUUAG